CACAAACACGCGCGCACACACGGACUCGUCCUUCUGAAGCUGGGAGGCUCUUGCAGGAGACGACAGGUGUCACUCUGAUGUUAUUGUCCCGGUGUUGUUAGACCCACAUGCCCGUCGAUGUUGACACCCUGCGGACGCACAGUGACCCGAUGAGCGGGACACUUUUUGCAGCGUGCGGGCUAUAAAGAGAGGGAGUGGCGCACUGGUUAACACUGAGGAGAGAGACUCCACACGCAGACAGCAGCACGGCAGCGCCCGGGAUAACAUGAUUAGCGCUCUAUUAGGUCCGCUACUAGAUGCAGCGCAGGGAUCAUUGUGUGGGGAGAGAGAGGAGGCACAGAGGAAAGACUUGACGCUUCAUCUGCCACAUGGAUCUUCUUUGCUUCCUAUUGAUAUGCCUGAAGAAGUUACCCACUGACAGUUUGUUUUUCACUGCUCGUGCGUCUCUGGCACCGGAGAGGUUGUGUCACCGCUUGCUUCCUCAGAUGAACUGACUGCCUUAUAAAUAAUUAGAGCUUAUCCUUGUGGAGGCAGUGCACAAUGAGAGAGACAGAUUUGGCUGGGCGAGCCUCAGAGGAGUGAUUCAGUCGCUUCCUUUCUCAGCCCUGUGGGCUACAAGCUCUGCCCUUCCUGGUGGAUGAUAUUUGUUAACCCGAGUUGAACUCGCUUAGGAAGUGGGGCAAUCAGCUUCAAUGGAGGACAACGACAGUCUCAACAAGACUAACCAGACUCUGGCCUCUUACAGCCUCCAGAUGACCCUGCCACUCACUGUGCUGGUGGGGAUCAUGAUCCUGCUGAUAGUGUUUGGUAACGUGCUGGUGGUCAUAGCUGUGUUUACAAGCCGGGCCCUCAGGGCUCCGCAGAACUUAUUCUUGGUGUCUCUGGCAUCAGCGGACAUUUUGGUGGCUACCCUGGUGAUGCCUUUCUCCUUGGCCAAUGAGCUCAUGGGAUACUGGUACUUUGGCAAGGUGUGGUGUGAAAUAUAUCUGGCACUGGAUGUUCUUUUCUGCACUGCCUCCAUUGCCCACCUCUGUGCCAUCAGCUUAGACCGCUACUGGUCCAUCACGCAGGCCAUCGAGUACAACCUAAAGAGGACGCCGCGCCGCAUCAAGUGUAUUAUUUUCAUUGUGUGGGUCAUUGCAGCUGUUAUCUCUUUCCCACCACUAAUCACCAUGGAGAAAGAAAACAGCGACGAGAACCCUAUGUGUAAGAUCAACGAUGAUAAAUGGUAUGUCAUCUCCUCCUGCAUCGGCUCCUUCUUCCUCCCCUGUGUCAUCAUGGUCCUGGUCUAUGUGCGGAUCUACCAGAUUGCCAAAAAGAGGACACGGGCACCUCCAGGAGACAGGAAGUGGAAGGAGAUGCCGAAGACAACUGCCAUCGCAGCCGCCAACCCAAAGGAGAAUGGCGUGGGCGCAGAGGAACGUCUCUGCCACGAGAAACUGAAUGGCGAGCAUGGACAUCGAGCUGAGGAAGGGAAUGAAGGAGAAAGAGGAGGAGAUGAGGAAAAAGGAGAGGUCAACGGGGUGGACAUCGAGGAAUCAUCGUCGUCCGACCACAAAGUGAACAAUCCCUGCUCAAUCAAAAAGAAAACAUCCAAAGGGAAAACCAAACUGACCCAAAUCAAACCGGGGGACACUGACAUCCAAAAGCGGGCGCCGAGCACCAAAGGCAGCCGCUGGAAGGGCCGUCAGAACCGGGAGAAACGAUUUACCUUCGUCCUGGCCGUGGUCAUUGGAGUGUUUGUCAUCUGCUGGUUUCCCUUUUUCUUCACGUACAUGCUGAAGACGUUGUGUGGGUCCUGCCAUGUGCCUGACACCUUGUUCAAGUUCUUCUUCUGGUUUGGUUAUUGCAACAGUGCACUGAACCCCAUCAUUUACACCAUCUUUAAUAACGACUUUAGGAGGUCAUUCAAAAAGAUACUGUGUAGGAGGGACACUAGGAGAUACGUAUGAUGGACUCUAUCUUUAUGUGCAUACUUUUUUUUUUACCAUGUUGUACGUAAAUUGUAAAAUACAUUGGCCAUUGUGCAUGGAUCUCUGGCUUGUGAACGCUCUAGGUGUAACUGCUUGAAAAGGCUUUCCCAGGAUGAGCUUUACGUGCAGCAUCUUCUUUUCAAAACAUCCACCACCCACAGCUUCGACACUGACCACGAUCACACACAUAGAGAGGUCUGAACUGAACACCACAGUGAAACCAUGUUUUUAUUGUAAAUGUUAUUUUUAUUUUUAUAAAAGAAACAGACAUAUUGAAGUCCAUGAUAUGUGUUGUACUUUUACGACGGUAUGUUGUGCAAAAUGAACAUUUUGAAUAUUUGUUUCCAUUUUCAUUGUUAUGGAUACAGUAUUGUGCUAUUUUGUAUGAUAUGAUGAUGAAGGUGAUGACAAUGGUUAGGAUGAUGAUGGUGAUGAUGAUGAUGAUAAAGUGUGGGAAAAAUUAUGGCUCUUUAAAGAAUAAAAUCCAUUACCUGAA